AAAUUCAUUUUACAUUUCUAGAGAGAGAGAAACAAAGAACAGAGUAAGCAAGCAGCUUCUAGAGAGAGAAAAAGAAGAAAUCAGGGCAAGAGAGAAUUCCAUAAUCAACCGCGAAUGAAUCAAAAUCAGAAUCAGAUUCAGAUCGAGCUUCCUCCAGGUUUCAGAUUCCAUCCAACAGAUGAAGAACUAGUCAAACAUUAUCUCAUCCGCAAGUGUACAUCACAACAAAUCCUAGCCCCUGUUAUUGCUGAAGUCGAUCUCUACAAAUUCAAUCCAUGGCAGCUUCCUGAGUUAGCUCUAUGUGGUGAAAAAGAAUGGUACUUUUUCUCACCCAGAGAUCGGAAAUACCCAAAUGGUUCCCGACCAAACAGGGCUGCCGGAGAUGGUUAUUGGAAGGCGACCGGAGCUGAUAAAUCGGUCGGAAACCCCAAACCACUUGGAAUAAAAAAAGCACUUGUUUUUUACGCCGGAAAAGCACCAAAAGGGGUUAAAACUAAUUGGAUCAUGCAUGAAUAUCGGUUAGCAAAUGUCGAUCGGUCCGCCGGAAAAGGCACUAACUUAAAGCUUGAUGAUUGGGUUUUAUGUCGGAUUUACAAUAAGAAAGGGAAAAUUGAGAAACAUAAUCCGACAUCAACAAAAACAACACAGAUUGAGAUUGAGGAUCAGAAACCAAAUAUUGCCGGAAAAGUGAACGGAAUUGGGUCGGUGAAUGGUUGGCCGGUGAUCGGAGACUCGUCGGAAUCUAUUCCACGGGCUAAUACGGAUUCGAGUGGGUCGGGUCAUUGGACAUCUUCGCCCGAGUUCAUAUCCGAAAUUCAAAGUGAACCAACUUGGGAUGAAUUAGAAAAGGCCAUGAACUUUGGGUUUAAUUACAUGGAUACCUAUCCGGAUAAUAUUUUUGACUUGACGACAGAGAUGAAGUUUCAGCCGCAAGAUCAAUAUUUUCCUUUUCAACAGGAUAUGUUCAUGCAUUCACAUAAUCCUUUCUGAGCCGUUGGAUUAAGAAUGUCCCUUUUAUUAUUUUUUCUUUUUUUAUUUAUCAGAAUUUCUUUAAAUUUAA